GUGAGGGUCGUCCUGGUGUCUCUCCGGGCUUACUCCAGGGGAGCAGCCCGUUGGAGUUAUUACUGGGCUGGUUAGUGCCUGCCGACUCCACCUCGACUGUCAGCAUGAGGCGAUGGAGGAUAGGGGUCUGGAAGGAAACGAGCUUGUCCGGUGGUCUCAUCUGCGCCCUCCUGCUGCUCCAGACGGCGCUGCAGCAAGUGUCGGCGUCCUCCCGCUCGCGGUACGGCCGCAAAGGACGCAUCCAGCAGACCGCGGACUCGUCGGACGAGCCGUACUGGUCUCCACCGCCGCGAAACUCGCACCACGGCAACCGCCGCUACGACCAGCACUUCGACCAGCCCCCGGACUACUACUACGACUACAAGCACGACUACAAGCACGACUACGACAUCGUCUUUCCCCUGCUACUUCUGAUCAUGGCGCCACUAGCCGUGUCUGCGUUCCUGCUGCCCAUCACGGCUUCCCUGAUGACCAACACCUUCUUCUUGGUCAACGGCGCGACGAAUGCUGCCAUUCAGGGACGUCGGAGGAGGAGCGCGGGCAGACAGCCGUCUCAAGAGUUGAUUGGGUUCCUGGACGAGCUUGAGAAGGCCAUCAGCAAGUACGGAUUGCAGAGUGCCCAGAAGCCGUUGAAAUCGGUCCCAAUUUGAGGAGCUGGCAGCAGAUCGGGUUGUGGGCAGAACUUGCGACGACGGAUAUGGAUGAAAUGUGCCACGGAAUGCAUCUGAGUCGCACGAGAAGCAGCGAAAAACGCCACGGACUUAAGUUUCUCGACAAGGAGGUGGUUUCCGGAACGAGCGACUUUGGGGAGUUUCAUUUCACUCCCAUUUUUACAUCCAAUAUGACGUUCUCGGAAAAUGUCAUGCGCGUUGGAUGUUUCUUUGUUCAU